AUGGAGAUGAUCAUAGGCUAUAUUGAUAUCUUCAUAGCCUUCAUUUUCUUCCUUUUCUUCCGUUGUCUCUUGCUUUACAAGCAAACCCACAAGCCUUUACCCACGAACUGGCCGGUUCUUGGGAUGCUUCCGGGUCUGCUCCUCCAAGUCCAUCGUAUCUACGACUGGAUCACCGAGCUCCUUGAUGCCACCGGCAUGACGUUUUGCUUCAAAGGACCAUGGCUAAGUGGAACUGACAUAUUACUCACUGUUGAUCCGGUGAAUAUCCACUACAUUCUAAGUUCAAAUUUCUCUAACUACCCUAAAGGGAAGGAGUUUAAAAAGAUAUUUGAAGCCAUCGGAGAUGCCAUAUUCAACAUUGACUCGGGCAUGUGGGAGGACAUGAGAAACUCGUCUCAUGCCAUCUUUAGCCGUCAAGAUUUUCAAAGGCUUUGGGUGAGUACAAGCGUAAGCAAAAUAAAUCAAGGGCUUGUUCCUAUCCUUGAAAACGCUGUUGAGAAAAACAUCCUUGUCGACUUGCAAGAUGUAUUCCAAAGAUUCUUGUUUGACACGUCAACCAUUUUGAUGACCGGGUAUGACCUAAAAUGCCUCUCUAUUGAAAUGCCUAAGGUUGAUUUUGGUGACGCUGUGGAUGGAGUUUCAGAUGGGAUUUUCUUUAGACAUGUCAAGCCAGCUUUCUUGUGGAAGCUUCAAUAUAAGGUUGGUGUUGGAGUAGAGAAGAGGUUGAGAAGAGGUCUCAAGGUUUUUGAUGAACUGCUAGAGAAAAUCAUAUCAGCUAAAAAGGAGGAGAUAAAAAAUCAUGGGACUUAUCAUGAGGUCAAGGAUGUGUUAACAUAUUACAUGACUUUAGACACGGUAAAAUAUAAGCACUUGAAACCAAGUAAUGAUAAGUUCCUUAGAGACACUAUUUUAGGUUUUCUUAUAGCGGGACGAGACACAACAGCCUCAGCUCUCACUUGGUUUUUCUGGCUCCUCUCAAGAAACCCUGAAGCAAUGAUCAAGAUCCGACAAGAGAUUAACAAGAAGAUGCCAAAGUUUGAUCCUGCGGAUUUAGACAAACUCGUGUAUCUACACGGUGCCGUGUGUGAGACGCUAAGGCUAUAUUCACCAGUCCCAUUUAACCACAAGUCACCAGCAAAGCCCGACGUGCUUCCCAGUGGACAUAAAGUCGAUGAGAAUUGGAAGAUAGUUAUCUCAACUUAUGCAUUGGGGAGGAUGAAAUCUGUUUGGGGAGAUGACGCGGAAGAGUUCAGACCAGAGAGAUGGAUUUUAGCUAGUGGGAGGCUGAAACAUGAACCGUCGUAUAAGUUUUUGGCGUUUAACGCUGGUCCAAGAACUUGCUUGGGGAAGAAGUUAACGUUUUUGCAAAUGAAGACAGUGGCUGUGAAUAUCAUACAAAACUAUGAGAUUCAGGUCGUUAAAGGGCACAAAACUGAGCCAGUUCCUUCUGUUCUUCUCCGCAUGCAACAUGGUCUCAAAGCUCAUGUCACUAAGAUUUGA